UUUGCAGGCUGACGGAGCCAGUGCAGCUGGAAGGAAAAGCACGGUUAGCAGGGAGCGCUUGAAGCGCAGUCAAAAGAGCACCAAGGUGGAGGGCCCGGAGCCAGUGCUGGCUGAGGCUUCUCUGAGUGCUGAGCAGGGGACCAUGACAGAGGUGAAGGUGAAAACAGAACUACCAGACGACUACAUACAGGAGGUCAUCUGGCAGGGCGAGGCCAAGGAGGAGAAGAAGGCAGUUGGCAAGGAUGGGACUGGUGACGUGCCUGCCGAGAUCUGCGUGGUGAUCGGUGGUGUCCGCAACCAGCAGACCCUGGGAUCCUAUGAAUGCGGGAUCUGUGGCAAGAAGUACAAGUACUACAACUGCUUCCAGACCCAUGUGCGGGCUCACCGAGAUACCGAAGCCACCUCAGGGGAGGGAGCCUCCCAGAGCAACAAUUUCAGGUACACGUGUGACAUCUGUGGGAAGAAAUACAAAUACUACAGCUGCUUCCAGGAGCACCGAGAUCUGCAUGCUGUGGAUGUGUUCAGUGUGGAAGGGGCUCCCGAGAAUCGGGCAGACCCCUUUGACCAAGGUGUCGUGGCAACUGAUGAGGUGAAGGAAGAGCCUCCAGAGCCUUUCCAGAAAAUCGGACCAAAAACCGGAAAUUACACCUGCGAGUUCUGUGGGAAGCAGUACAAGUACUAUACCCCCUACCAGGAGCACGUGGCCUUACACGCCCCCAUCAGUACCGCCCCCGGGUGGGAGCCGCCGGAAGAUCCAGACACGGGAUCUGAGUGUUCCCAUCCAGAGGUCACCCCAUCUCCACGCUUCGUGGCAGCGAAGACCCAGGCGAACCAGUCGGGGAAAAAAGCUCCGGCCUCCGUGGUCCGAUGUGCCACCCUCUUACACCGUACCCCUCCGGCUAACCAAACUCAGCCAUUCCGAACUCCAAACUCGGGAUCUCCAGCAAGCAAGGCAACUGCAGAAAGCACCUUCAGUCGGCGAGUAGAAAGUAAAGCACAGAACCACUUUGAAGAGACCAAUAGCAGCUCGCAAAACUCCAGCGAACCCUACACGUGCGGCGCCUGUGGGAUCCAGUUUCAGUUCUACAGCAAUCUUCUGGAGCACAUGCAGUCCCAUGCAGCUGACAGUGAAAACAACAUCGCCUCCAACCAGUCCCGAUCUCCACCUGCUGCAGUGGAAGAAAAGUGGAAACCCCAGGCUCAGAGGAACAGCACCAACAACACCACACCCAGUGGUUUGACACCCAACAGUAUAAUCCCAGAGAAGGAGCGGCAGAACAUUGCAGAGCGGCUCCUGCGGGUCAUGUGCGCUGACCUGGGUGCACUGAGCGUGGUCAGUGGGAAGGAGUUCCUCAAGUUGGCCCAGACCUUGGUAGACAGUGGAGCCCGCUAUGGGGCCUUCUCAGUCACCGAGAUCCUGGGGAACUUUAACACACUGGCACUGAAGCACCUGCCACGCAUGUACAACCAGGUGAAGGUGAAGGUGACAUGUGCCCUGGGCAGCAAUGCCUGCCUGGGCAUCGGUGUCACGUGUCACUCCCAGAGCGUGGGCCCUGACUCCUGCUACAUCCUCACGGCCUACCAGGUGGAGGGCAACCACAUUAAGAGCUACGUGCUGGGCGUGAAGGGGGCAGACAUCCGUGACAGCGGCGACUUGGUGCACCACUGGGUGCAGAACGUGCUGUCAGAGUUCGUGAUGUCCGAGAUCCGGACCGUGUAUGUGACGGACUGCCGGGUGAGCACGUCCGCCUUCUCCAAGGCUGGCAUGUGCCUUCGCUGCUCAGCCUGUGCCUUGAACUCGGUGGUGCAGAGUGUGCUGAGCAAGCGGACGCUGCAGGCCCGCAGCAUGCAUGAGGUCAUCGAGCUGCUCAGUGUGUGUGAGGACCUGGCAGGCUCCACGGGCCUGGCCAAGGAGACCUUUGGCUCUCUGGAGGAGACGGCGCCGCCACCCUGCUGGAACUCUGUGACAGACUCGCUGCUGCUGGUACAUGAGCGCUAUGAGCAGAUCUGCGAGUUCUACAGCCGCGCCAAGAAAAUGAGCCUCAUCCAGAGCCUCAACAAGCACUUGCUCAGCAACCUGGCCGCCAUCCUGACGCCCGUGAAGCAGGCGGUCAUUGAGCUGAGCAACGAGAACCAGCCCACCCUGCAGCUGGUGCUGCCCACCUAUGUCAGGCUGGAGAAGCUCUUCACAGCCAAGGCCAAUGACGCGGGCACCGUCAGCAAGCUGUGCCACCUCUUCCUAGAAGCCCUCAAGGAGAACUUCAAGGUGCAUCCAGCCCACAAGGUGGCCAUGAUCCUGGAUCCUCAGCAGAAACUGCGGCCUGUGCCGCCUUACCAGCACGAGGAGAUCAUCAGCAAGGUGUGUGAGCUCAUCAAUGAGGUAAAGGAGUCCUGGGCUGAGGAGGCUGACUUUGAGCCCUCAGCCAAGAAGGCCCGCUCCGCCACAGGUGAGCACCCCGCAGCUCAGGAGGAUGACCGGCUGGGCAAGAACGAAGUCUAUGAUUACCUUCAGGAACCCCUCUUUCAGGCCACUCCCGAUCUCUUCCAGUACUGGUCAUGCGUGACCCAAAAGCACACAAAACUCGCCAAGCUCGCCUUCUGGCUGCUGGCGGUCCCUGCUGUGGGAGCUCGGAGCGGGUGUGUAAAUAUGUGUGAACAAGCCCUUCUUAUCAAAAGGAGGCGACUGCUUAGUCCAGAAGACAUGAACAAGCUCAUGUUUUUGAAAUCCAACAUGCUUUAAGACUCAGCUUUGGGGAAAAACAAAAAAAAAAGACAAAAAAGAAGAAAAGCAUUAGGAAAACACACACACCACACUGUCACAAACAAAGAAAUUUAAGUUCUAAACACUGUGGAACCUCAUUGUAAAUGCCCCUUGGAAACUUAAGUGCUUUUUUUCCCAGCGGUGUGUGUGUGUGUGUGUGUGUGUGUGUGUGUGUGUGUGUAUUCAUACCCACACAUGUGACACUGAAUGGGUAAAGGGUAUGGAGAGCCCAUGCUCAAAUUCUCAGCCAGAGACACUCCAUACACACACACACACACACACACACACACACACACACACACACCCCUGGUGCAUGUACACAUGCCUGUCCUCAGGCGUGUGUGUGCAUUGAGCUGGGUGUGUCAGGAAAGCCGGGAGACUGGGAGAGCGGGACUGGUUUCACUUUUCUCGGGCAGGGGCUCUAAGGACUCCGUCUUCAGGUGUGCAGACUGGGAGAAGCUGGGGUUGUGAAGUAUUCAGGCAGCUGAGGGCUGAAGUGGCUUGAACCCCCAUCCCAGUCCUGGCCCUUCCUUGCCCUUCCUUCAUCCCACGGUACCCAUCCUCUGCCCCAGCUGCUCUGACAGAUUCUCCAGACUGCAUCGGAUGGACAGUUUCUGCACUGGACUUUAUUUCUCGUUUCAUCUUCAGGGCAUUAAGCUGCUGCACCUGUGACCUCCCCCACGGAAAUCCAGGGCAGCUGCCUUAGAAUACACACUAUCUAUCUCCCCAUAUCAGGAAAGGAGACUCUAGAAAUAUAAAGCUGAUGUUUUACUUUUUAAUAUAAGAGAGAAAAAAACAAGACUUUUUUUUUUUUUCCAGAGACAUAUAGCUGACUUUCCGCUCAUUUUUGUUGUUGUUGUUUUCCCAAUACUUCAGCAAUUUUUUUCUCUUCUGGGGGUUUCAGUUUCUUUUCACAUUUGAUGUAGACUCUUCUGAGAGGCACUGAAUGUCUGUGACAUACAUUCUGGAGUUGUGUUCUGUUUGUUUUACUUACCCUUUCUCUUCUCAAGUCACACUGUAAACUAGCUCAUCUCAGCGGUGGUGUUCAGGACUCAUAUAACCAAGUCUCGGUCAUGGCUGUGUGGAGGGAGUUGGGAGGAGUCCCGUUCCUUGGCUGUGAGGCCAUCAUGGGAAACCUGUGGCUUUAGGGGUCCUGAACAUCAGCGAGAGAGCCGCUGCCUGGUUCCUGCCUGUGGUUGUUUGGAUGUCCACCUCUUGAAUGUUUGCCUCCUGUCUCCAGACUGCUCGGUACUACUCACUGCAUCCUGACCUCCAGGUCCACAGAGACCCUGACUUAGUCCAUAUUUGUGGCCGCCAGAUCCAUGGUCUCUCUCCCUCCCCAGAUCCCAGGGGUCCUGGGAGUUUAUAGCCCUCAGAGGUCCCUACAGGCACCUCAGACCUGUCGUCAGGGCAGUGGUAGGGUGUGGUAUGUUGGUGGUUGAACAGUUGGCAUCCUGUGGGUGGAUGUGCUUGACUCAAUGCUGUGAAAGGGGUUGGUAGCCCUCAUUUCUUAUCCCCCUGGCAAAGAACUAGUGCUUCUACCACAGUCCAGAUGCCAAGAGGGGACAGCAUUCUCUUCAUAGGAUGAUGAGCAUAACCACUCCAUAAAUAAAGACCUUGGUGUCCCUGACCACAGCUGUGGGAUGGGAUGCUUACACUUCAGGCUGAGAGUGGCCACCCCUGAGGGGCUAUUUGCAAAAGCACCUCCCCCACCCAAAGCUUGGACUGUCUCCUCUUCCCAGUCAUAAAGCAUUACUCAACUGAAAGAUACCUCGUCUUCAAAAGCACUGUACCCAGAGCCCUCUCCCCUGGGUUGCCAGCAGGAGGGGAGUGAAGGUAGUUUAAAGACUCAAAGGCUUCCAGUUAUGUUCAAGGCUCCAGAACUGGCCUUGAGGACAGGCCUGCAUUCUUUGCCUCACAAGACUAACAGAGCUCUCCUGUAGAAUCUCAGACAUACAAAUAGAUCAGAGAAGGCUGUGUACAAUCCACUCUAGCAAGCUAUGGUCUCAGGAACUACCACACAAUCUCUACUCCAGGGGAAGCGCUAGGUGUCUCCAUCUCAAUGUCUUCAACUUGGCUCUUACCAUCAGAGGAACCUCUGCCCACAGUGGAGCAGUCCAGACAGGAACUGAAUGUCGCUCCCUGAAGAAUGUAGGAAUGUCUUCACACAGCUUGGGGCAUUCCAGGAGGUGGGCUCUGGAUUGAUAAUGAUGGGCAACCCCAGUCUCCCUCAUCUGUUGGGAAUGGGACCACAGCCCAGCACUUGUAGCCACACUGGAAGCUGGGUGCUUAGUGCAGUCAGUGAGAACAGAUCCUCAGGCGGAGCUGAGCUAAGCUGCUGUUAUUGGCAAACCAUCAGCCAAGCCCAGGUGUGCAUUUCAAGCAUUCUUUUUGGAAUAUGGAACAUCCUCCCUACUGAAAGAAAACUAGUGUGAAAAUCCAGGUCAUAGGUCAUCAUCUCCCGUCCAGUUACUUUGCACCUUAACUCUAUCCUUGGGGCUUAGAUUGCUUCUCUAGGUUCAGUGUGAGCCCCACUUGGUCCUCAGAAAUCUGUUUCUGGAGCCUCAUCUUCAAAGAUUAUAAAGUGGCAGGCUGUCAUUCCUCUCUGGUGUCACAAACUGAACAAAACUGUGCCGUGUCUGCUGUCAUGUGGACCAUAUCCACAGUGAACAUCCUGCAACAAACAGCUCAAUAAAUCCCAAAGAUCUCCCAGGUCUAGCCACAGGCCCCUUUAACAGCAAUAUCCACCUUACCAAAUUCUACUUCAGCCAAAGCACUAAGAUAGGCUCUUCCAGUUCAUCUCCAGUGGCCUGGGCUGGUCUUGGCCUUCAGAAGGAUUUUGUCAUCUGCCUCCUGAAUCUGUGACCACUAUAUGUCUCUACAUCAUAGGCUUGUUGGGGAGGAGCAACCAGGAUGAUGAGCCAUUUCUAGCAUACAGCUUACCUUGACCUGUAUGAUUCUCUCGGCAAAAAUGGUUCUUGCUUUAACAUCCUUGGAGCCAAACAUGGAAGUAUAGAAGAUGCAUUUCCAUUAGCAAGGUUCUCCCCCAAUCUGAGGCCACUUUGUUUCACCAAUGAAGCCCAAGCCAUGGCCUGCAGCUUGUUUUCCUGUGAUUUAGUCACUCAAGAGGAGUCAGGUCUUCGAGGAAUGGUUGUACAUGGAAGCACUUGUUCUCAACGUGCUUCUGUUCCCAACACCCACGUCCGCCUGCCAAGCUUCCCUUGUGUGGCUUUCAGCAACCAGAAGGCAAGAUGGAUGCUGUCUGAGCACAGCUGCCUGCAUUUCAGGAAGCCACUUGCUACAGCAUGGAUGAUGUCACCACCCUCCCACUUGAUGGCUUCACAUUUGGUGUUGUGGGGUUGACUCUGGACUGAGGGAAAGGUACCUGUUUCCUGGUGAGAAAGGCACCUGGUGAUACUGAUGAUAAUUCAUCUCCAGGUUUUUUAGGCAGGAUCUGGACACCGGCUGUGUAGGCUGGCCAAGAGUCUUCAUUUCAGUCUGACAAAUUUUAUCUUCUUCACUUUGAAGAAGUAGAAGAAUUCUACAAGGCAUGUUUUCCACUGUGAAGCUGAAUCUCUGCUUUUGGAGCCCAAUUUUGGGCAAGGUCCCCUCUUUUCCUGGCCUCCAGCUAGACUGAGGAGGGGGACACCUGAGUAGAGUCUGGGUGCCAUAUAUACUCACUCUGAGAACACGGGGUCACCAAGAAGGACCACAGCUAGGAUGUAGGUAAAGGGAAACCCUGUGGUACUCCGUCCCAGGCCUUGUCAUAUCAUGCUUGAAGAGGAGGGCACAGGGCACUCCUUAUUCCAUAAGCUGUGCCAAGCCCCUAGCUUCCUGGCCUUGGCAGCGGUGUAACACUAUUGUGUCUGGCAUAUAUCUACACGAAGGCUUCUGGAGGGCAGAACCAAGAGACUGAGGCUCAGGCUAUACCCUGGAGACAGUGAAGAGGGGCUCCUGUCUCCAGGGCAGUGGGAGAGCUGGCGAGGAGGUCGCCCCUCCCCUUCACUGUGGCUAACGUUUGCUAGGCCAGUUAUGGCAAACCAAUGAUGCAGUGUUUCCUCUUACAUUUUCCUCCCAUCUUCCCUUUGCAGGGUCUCCAGUGGGAUUUUGUGGCUGUGGUUAUUUUCUUCUUCUCUCAUUUGGGUCUGAGGAUGGUAGUCUAGAGAGUCCGGGUUGUGACCAUGACCAAGGGAACCUGUGGUCUCUGAGCAGGUACAGGCCCCAUGUGGAAGAGGGUGGCACUUUCAGGGUUCCACUCGCAUAUGGGAAAUUCACUAAGCUUGGAGUUGGCCUUAGCAUCAUGACCCACCAAGGUCCUACCCACCCAAGCAUCCCAUUGGGCACCUUGACUUUUUGUACCAAAGUUCCUUCUAUCCUUAGAAGCCUGAAUUCUCAGGCCAGCUGGAAGGACUCCUCCCACAAUCCAGGUGCCGGAAGGCUGUCCUAGGACCCUUCUCCCAACUAGCCAGGGUGGGUGGCUUCCCAAACAGGGCUCAAGCUUGUGGCCUGACUCAGGCUGAGCCUGGCCAACCAGGCAAGAGCAAGAGCCGUGUGGCAGGACCUUCCAGACCCCAAGCAUCAGGAAACCAUUUUGUACAACCUGAAGCAGAGAUAUUUUUUAAGAGGCAUGAAUUAUUUUCAGUUGUCUUCUGAUCCCAUCUUUCUUUUCCCCACAACCUCACGUCGGUGAUCCGUUCACAUCAGGUAAAUCUUAAGAAAGCCUUGGUGCCCCAUUCCUCCUGCCCCGCUACUCAGCGACCACAUGUGUGUGCCCCCAUCCUGUCUCAGUAGUAAGGACAUUCUCGGCAAUACCAUAGACACAUCAGUGUCUCUCUUCGAGUGCAAGAAACUCAAGUCAUCUUAAAAAAAUAAAAUAAAAACAAAAAAAUUUACAAAAAAGCAAACACACACACAAAAAAAAUAUCUUUUUUAGGCCAGAGUUUUCUACAGGUAUUAAUGAAUAUUUUUCUUAAUCCUUAUAAGUUUUAUGUGUUUAAUAUUUCUUAAUACCAGUAGUAUUAAUUUAUACUUUUGUAGCAACAUAAUAUUUUUAUAAACAGCCAGUGCUUGGCUCAAGUCUUCACGGGGGUUUAUGCAGGGCUAUCUUAGGGACCCUGUGUACCAUGUACUGUAUUUAAAAAAAAAAGUUACCUAGUGUCACACUUGCUGUGUUAAUUAACAAAGCCGUUGCUGGCGGUCUUCUGUAUUGAUGGUGUGGAUCCAGAAGUCCUUCAUGGAGCCACAUUGCAUGGGGGUUGAGUUGCCAGUUCUUGUGAUACAUGAACUCCCAAGGCCAAACUUGAGGGUUUAUUUAGGGUUUUCUGUGUGUCCUUUGGGAUGUUUUGUUUUACUUUGGUUUGGGUACUGUUUCUCCAUUUUACAGCCAAACUGGUUUCAUGAUGUUUAAAAUUUUUACUGAUGUCAAAUGGAGGAAAGGAACAGAAAAAUUUUAAAAAGAGAUUUUUAUCAAGUAAUAAAAUUUAAAACCAAGCUGUUUCAAUGUUCCUGUUUUUACCUGUCUGUUCUUGUCCAAAAGUGGAAUAUUCCCACCGAGAAGAGGAAGGUUCCACUGGGUUCCUAAGUCACCAAAAGCCCCAGCCCAAGAUUCAGUUCCUCCCCAGACCCCCAAACCAUUUCCCAGUUGGUUGAUGCCAAGGCAAAAAGACAUCCUCCAGUGACUAGAGGGUCAGUCGCCUAAGUGCGCUCAUGAGUUCAUGUCAGUGCUGUAUUUAUGGUUUUACAAUAAAACAAUCUU